GCUCGCGCUGGAUUUGUCGUAAUUGACACUCACGCGAGAAACAAGGAACAGCCCCCAUCUGCUGGUAGGAUCGCUCGUGUCUCACCCUCAUCCAUCCCUCUCUCACCGCAGCACUGCUGGGGCUUCAGGACGGCGCUCUGCGGCUCACGAUCCAAUCGGAUGUUUUAAGGAUCCGGAAAGCUGUAUAUGGAAGUUGUGGGGUGCAAGGCGAAAGAAAGCAGUUGCACAUUGCGUCCAGCAGCCAUGCUUUUCCACGGCAUCUCUGGGGAUCAUAUUCAAGGGAUCAUGGAGGAGAUGGAGAGGAGAUCUAAAUCGGAGUCUCGUCUGGCUAAAACCGUUCAGAUGAACGGACGAGAGACGACGAUGCCCUCCACGAGCCCAGAGAAGCCUGCGCUGUGCGCCGGCUGCGGUGGGAAAAUCUCCGACAGAUACUACUUACUCGCCGUUGAUAAACAGUGGCAUUUAAGAUGUCUCAAGUGUUGUGAAUGUAAACUGGCCCUUGAAUCUGAGCUGACGUGUUUCGCGAAGGAUGGCAGCAUUUACUGCAAAGAGGAUUACUACAGGUUCUCCGUGCAGAGAUGUGCCCGCUGCCACCUCGGCAUCUCCGCCUCGGAAAUGGUGAUGCGCGCCAGGGACUCCGUGUACCAUCUGAGCUGCUUCACCUGCACCACAUGCAACAAAACACUGACCACGGGUGACCAUUUCGGCAUGAAAGACAACUUGGUUUACUGCCGGGUUCACUUUGAGACCCUUAUUCAGGGAGAGUAUCACCCUCAAUUAAACUACGCCGAAUUAGCGGCCAAAGGCGGAGGGCUCGCGCUGCCUUACUUCAAUGGCACCGGCACGGUACAGAAAGGGAGGCCGCGGAAGAGGAAGAGUCCGGCGAUGGGGAUAGAUAUCGGCUCUUACAACUCAGGUUGUAAUGAGAAUGAUGCAGACCAUUUGGAUCGGGAUCAGCAACCCUACCCUCCAUCCCAGAAGACCAAGCGCAUGCGUACGUCCUUCAAACACCAUCAGCUUCGCACCAUGAAGUCCUACUUCGCCAUAAACCACAACCCCGAUGCCAAGGACUUAAAACAGCUCGCCCAAAAGACAGGACUGACCAAAAGAGUUCUUCAGGUUUGGUUCCAAAACGCACGGGCCAAAUUCAGAAGGAACGUUUUGCGGCAGGAGAAUGGGGGUGUUGAUAAGGCUGACGGCACGUCACUUCCGCCGCCCUCUUCUGACAGCGGUGCUCUGACCCCACCCAGCACGGCCACCACACUAACUGACCUGACCAAUCCCUCUAUCACCGUAGUAACAUCAGUGACCUCUAGUUUGGACAGCCACGAAUCCGGGAGCCCCCCACAAACUACCUUGACAAACCUUUUCUAACACGGAUUUGCAUUUAUUUAUUUUUUUUGUCUUUACCCCCUUUAUUUUCAGAUUCUAUUUUUAUUUUCCACAACAAAAACCCCUUCGGCGACCACAGAAAGACCUUUGGAAAUGUAAGACGAGACCUACUAUGUGUAGCAUUUGCAACCGCGUGGCAGCUGAGUUUGUAGUACUUGUCAGUUAAUAUGUUAUUGUGCUCACUUUAUUCAUAGUUGCAAUUUCAACCCGCCACGUUUAUGAAAACAAAGUGCGUCAGCAUACAGCACAUGCUAUUUUUACUGCAUAUUUUGGUAGUGACGUCUAAAUAUAUUUGAUGACAUUUCCAAAAAUAUGUUCGAGCAACAAACAAACUCUUAUAGUAUGUCCUUAAAUGCCAAGUGGAUGCUGUAACCUCAAUUUAGGUCUGUUUUGUCACUGACUCUGGACUCUAAUGGGAAUUUAAAAUGUUAAAUUUGCCACGAUGUGGUGCGAAUCUGGCCUGGAUCGUUCGUCGGGCCUCAACUAGUGAAACAACUGUUCUGAAUGAAGAUAUCCAGCGCUCAGUGACAAUAUGGCGCCCAGUAGGAAGCGUUAUGAGUGAUUUGUGAAUGCUAAGCAGGAAGUUAAUUAGAAGCGACACACAUCACCCCGUUUUGUUCUGUUCCCCCCUGUUUUGCCACCGAACAGACCAAAAAAAAAAAAAAAAGAGAGAAAAAAACCCAUUUACGGCUCGGUUGGAGAUCGGUCGGGGCUCUUCGCUAGGGUGAAACAUUUCCUUGUGUGAUGACAAAUUUGUUCUGUUGUAGAACAAAGUGGUACACUAGAUCUACUUCAUGAAGUAGAUGCUUAACUCAGUUCUACUAUGUGCCUUAUGCGACUUGGACGAGAGUUUGUGAAAUUCAGGAGAUACAUGUUUGUUUGUUAAAUGAUUUCCAUCCUUGGAACGCCUCACUAGUUUUGUACUGUUCUGUUUUUCAUCUGAUUUUUUCUGAAGAUCUUUUUAAUGGUGUAUUCCGUUACAAGGAGGCGGCGAUGUCAUAGAAGGCAGUUGUGCACUCUUUCAGAACUAGUUGGUAAAUCCGAGAAUCAUAUAUAUUGAUCUUCGUGUUAAUAGUACAGUACGUGUUCUAUCAAGAUUGUCCAUGUUUCCUUGUUUCUUGAAAAAAAAAAGAUGGUGUAUAGAAACUAUUUCCCCUUAAAUAUUUAUGGACCAAACAGUUGUUAUAUCUUAUUAAAUUUGUGUGAAUAAAACUACUUUGCUUUA